AUGCCUGUUACCGAGUUUAACAUUAUUCCCGUUAAGGGCGGUGUUGAGGACUGGAAAGAACAGCUGAAGCUGCUUCUCCAGACGCUUAAGAAACAGGACGGAUACCUCCGUACUAGAUGGGGGCCCUGCAACGAGAACAUGCAGCGCCUUGUGCUAAGCAUCGGAUGGGAGAACGUUGAGGCCUCGAAUGCGUGGAAAGCCUCUUCGGAUUAUGCCACAGUAAUGGCCACAAUGAAGACUGUCCUGCAAGGGGAAAUCUCCAGCCGCUUCUUUUGCUUCGUUCCCUUCGCGCCCAAGGUUAUCGAUGCCGCCAUUGUUGAAGUACUUACCUACCACAACUGUACUGAUGUACGGGCGUCGCUAGCGGCUUCUCUCAUGAUGGACUUCAGUUCGUGGCGUUAG